CAGGGACAGACAGGUCGGGAAAAUACUUCACAAUUAUAGAUUUCUGGCCCAGGCCGCCUGAGCGGUGUCACGUGGAGAUUGCCGUCGGUGAAUGUUGCUCGCUCUGUUGACAAACCGAGGAACCACUAGCUGGUUGUCGGAGCGCCCAUUUCGUUCUCUGGAAUCUUUAAUAUAUGCAGCUGCGUGUUAUUGGCCUGGCACUGCUAGAUCAGGUUUUAUACUAUAGCUUGCAUGGUGUGCUUGCCUGGGCCCCAUGGGUAUGGUAAUAACACAGUGUGUAGGGGCAGUGAAACUCUCAGGCGGUGACUUCUACAACUUGUCGCUUUUUCAGAAGUACGUUGAAGUGGCUCUUCGAAGAAGUCUUGCUGUUAGCAACAUCAUCAUAGCAUGUUAGACGCAACUAAGUUCAGCCCCAGAUCCAGAUGGAUUCGGAACUUGAGGGACUAUCUCUUUUGUGAUCAACUCUGAGAGAAUUCAAUCUCCAAAACAACACUGUGCAUGAGUCACCAAGAUGAAUUGUAAAGCCGUGUAUACGUUAUUGCUGGCAUGGUGUUACAGCCUCACAACCGUCGAGACACAGGCAAGCGUUGUGUUUCGCACGGAACCAAACAAUCCGAGGAUUUACCUAGAAGCCACCAGUGGCACCUAUGUGUGUACUGUGAAUGCAUAUGACGAAGACAGCGGGGAGAAGCUGACGCAGUACAAAUUAGCAAGGUUACCUGACGCUAAUUAUUUUACAAUUGAGGAAAACAGCGGUGUCAUUUCAACCUCUGAAAGACGUAUUGAAGAUUCCGUGGGCACUGUGUUCAACCUAAGGGUGUAUGGUGUCUUGGCUGGCUCCACCUAUGAUAUGAGUAUCUCAGUGGAGGUUUCCAGGCAGAACGUGUAUACGCCUGUCUUCGAAAAUGCGGUCUACACGUUUUCAGUGUUCGAGGACGCCAGACGUUCGUCGUAUAUUGGGGCAGUUCACGCGACCGACCAGGAUAUCGAUGAUUACAACAAGAACUUGGAGUACUAUGGUGUGAACAGUAGCCAAUUCAUUGUGGAUAAGUCAACAGGAAACAUAUUUUUAAAAGAACCUCUUCCGGAGGGUGCGGUGGAAUUUGACCUCACGGUGGUCGUGUCUGAUCGUGGCGUUCCACCAUUCUACAACAACAUCUCAGUAUUAAUACGAGUAACCUCGCUGCCAGCCCCUAAUGACUUUUGUAACGCUUUCACGGGAGAAAAGGGCACCGUUUGCUGGAAAACGCCAAACAUCUCUGACGCCUACGACGGUUUCAAGUUUGCAUACGGACGUGACGGCGAGAGGCUGACCAACAGCGAGAUUGUUCCAGCUUCAUUAAUCGUACGCGAUGAAGCCUGCGCACCAGUAGAUGGAGCUGUAGUCGGGGCAAAAUAUUCCUUUUACACCUGGACGUUAAAUGGGACAGAAAAAAGCCAGAGAAGCGUCGGCGGCAAAUUUGUGGCCAGCCCAAAUUCUGAAAGCUUCUUGCUGACAGGUGAAAAUUGUAAAGCAUUUAAUGUGUGCAAUCUAGUUCAACCCUGUGCCAACGGAGGCAAGUGCUUGUGGAGUGGAGAGUUGCAGUUCUCUUGUGAAUGUGCCGAUGGUUGGAGGGGACAGAAAUGCCUCUUGCAGGAUCUUUGCCCAACUAAACCAUGUUUUAACAACGGCCAGUGUGUCUAUCUGUCACACCAGACAUUCGAAUGUCGUUGUGACGAGUCUCAUUACGGAGAUCGCUGUGAACAUGCAGAUCAGUGUCUAACGAGUCCAUGUCAAAACAGUGGAAGCUGCACAAAGACAGAUGAUGGAAGCUUCUAUUGUAACUGCACUGAAUCUUACUCGGGUCAUACAUGCGACGUAUUUGAUCCAUGUCUGACCAACCCUUGUGUUAGAGGCACAUGUCUCAGAGAAGCUUCAUCAGACAGUGGUUACAUCUGCCAGUGUCCGGAAGGGUAUAACGGAAGUCGAUGUCAGUACAGUAACCAGUGUAUUGUUAAUUCGGGUAUUUGUCAAAACGGCGGCACUUGUUUUUCCCUUGUUAACAGUUACUACCUUUGUUUAUGUCCGGAAGAGUACACAGGUAAAAACUGUGAAUCAUUCAACACAUGCGUGCUUGAUAUCUGCCAGAAUAAUUCCACGUGUUCUUUUGUGUCUAAUAACAAAUACAAAUGUUCCUGCAUCAGUGGAUUUUACGGGCAAGAAUGUCAGCACUACAACUUGUGCGCGGACAAACCCUGUCUUAAUGGGGCAACGUGUCGAAAUACUACAGACAGUUUUACGUGUGAAUGUCUAGGAGGAUUCUAUGAUCGUUUAUGUGAUAGGCAUGAUCCAUGCUUUGAAAACCCCUGCGAACGCGGAGGGAUUUGCACCGCCAUUUCAGACUGGGAUUACAACUGUACUUGCAGCCCAGAGACAUUUGGCAAAAACUGUUCAUAUGUGAACUCCUGUAAGUUAGAAUUUUGCAAGAACGGGGCAACUUGUGAGAAUACCACCCUGGACGGUAGUUUCACGUGUCACUGUCCGGUCGGUUAUUAUGACCGGUAUUGUACCAAAUACGAUCCGUGUGUUUCUUCACCCUGCGAGAACGGCGGAACAUGUAAUAAUGUCUCCAGCCAAGAGUUCAGCUGCUCGUGUCCGCUGGGCUUCACUGGUAAGACGUGUUCUUUUAUCGACCCUUGUGUUUCUAAUCCAUGUUUUAAUGAUGGUCGGUGUGAAGCCUUGUCAAAUACCACCUUUAAUUGUAGUUGUCAUCCAGGUUUUAGCGGGGAAAAGUGUCAGUAUUAUGACUUUUGCAUAAAUGACCCUUGUGGCGUGGGAGGCACGUGCUGUUUGACUUUUGAUACGGGAGAGGUAUCGCUGGUGGGUGAUGAAGCCACACCGUUUAGGAACGUGUCUAAUUUCUUCACCUGCUUAUGCGAUGAAGAUUACACAGGUGUGUUUUGCGAGACGGCACUGGGUGCUUGCCUCUCCAGACCUUGUCUUCACGGGUCAACGUGUCACCUCCAAAAUCAAGGUUUUGUUUGCUCUUGUCCGAGCAGUCAUACAGGAAUAUUAUGUGAAACACAAUUGCCGUGUUUUUCAUCACCAUGCCGCAAUGGAGGAAAAUGUUCUGAAGGAGGGGCACAUUACACGUGCACCUGCACGACAGGGUUCACCGGAAAUACCUGCGCAGAUGAAGUGCUUUGCCCCAGUGAGCGGACACAGGGUGUUUCCGGGUCGUACGCAUGGCCGAGUACCGGCUAUAGGGGCUGGGCCCUGCUGCCUUGUGCACUUGGUCCCCGAGGACAGUAUGCCAAGAGACGAUGUGGUGCCACCGAUGACGGUGUUAAGUGGGAAUCACCGGAAACAAGUAAUUGCACAAGUAAAGACGAAGGUUAUGCAACGGAACAACUGAAGAUGUUAAAAUCCUUAACUAGUGAUCCUGCAAAUAUGGGACCCGACGACGUAGCCAAUGUUGCCACCGUACUAGAAUUUGUGUUUGAAUUUUCGCUGAGAAACAAACAGAUCGCCAACGACCUCACCGAGGUGGUCAGUAAUGUGAUGGAUGCCAGGGAGUCCGUAUUAAAAAUAAGUCAGAGUCGAAACAGUAGUAGUCAAAGAAUGGUGGGAUUAAUCGGGAAUUUUACGGCACAGGCGGAAGUCGUGGAGGGCAGCAAUGUGACUCUCUCCACAAAAAACAUUCACGUGGUAGCUCUUGAUACAUCAGAGAAUGUAUCUGACAUUACCUUCUCGCCGGCGUUUUUGGAUACCAACAACAUGUCGAUGGAGACAGAUGCAACUAUUGUCAUUCCGUCCAGCAUCAUCCAAGACAACUCUAGUGAUGGUCAACGGUCCGUACAGAGACUGGAAUUUGCGGCGUUUAACACAGCCAAGUUUUUUCUUGACGAGUACACGGAGGAGAGUACGGACACAAUAGUCAUAUCGGCUUCUCUGACAGGACGUCAGAUAGACAACCUCUCCGAACCCGUAAUCAUCCAUUUUCCCGAGGCAUCGCCGCAUCGAAACUAUACUUGUAGAUUCUGGAAUGAGACAGGCGGAUACUGGUCGACAGAGGGCGUAGAUACUGUUCCCACCAUAGACAACUACACCGAAUGUCACACAUACCAUUUGACCAGUUUUGCUAUCUUAAUGGAUCCCUCUCCGGACUACAGAGUGGCGGCUAUUCAUAAUAUUAUUCAAACCUACAUUACCUACAUCGGCUGUGGUAUCUCCAUGUUAGGAUUGACCAUUACCAUUAUUACUUACGGCCUGUUUAAGUGCCUUCAUGGAGACAAGUCGGGAAAAAUCCUACUAAACCUCUGCGUCUCAAUGUUAAUGCUGAAUAUUGUGUUUGUCCUGGGUUCCCAGAAAGGAAGUCAUUAUGGGCGGGAAAUCUGCAUGACUGUAGCCAUACUUAUACAUUACUUCCUGCUCACAACGCUGAUGUGGAUGUGCAUUGAGGCAGGAAACAUGUAUAGAGUAUUGGUGACUGUGUUCACCAAAUACACUGACUACUUUAUGCUCAAAAGAUGUAUUAUCGCAUGGGGAAUUCCUGCCAUAAUUGUUGGGAUAACAAUGGGCGUCAGCUUGUCGAACUAUGAAACACAAGACGAGUUCUGUUUUAUAUCGCACGCCAGUACCACGGCGUUUUAUGUCGCGGUGCUCGCCCCAGCUUGUGUCAUCAUCCUCAUCGACAUCGUCGUCUUUGUCAUGGUAUCCCGGGUGAUUAUGAAGCCCAGGUUCACCGGUCACAUCAACGCUGUGGACACAACGAUCACAGCAGCUCAGGUCCGAGGAGCCUUCACAGUCCUCGUUCUCCUCGGCGUCUCCUGGGUUUUUGGACCCCUGGCAAUCAACGAGGCAAAGCUGGUCUUCAGUUACCUGUUCUGUAUUGCCAACGCAUUUCAAGGAUUUCUCAUAUUUAUUUUCCGAUGCUUUAUUAACCCAGAGGCCAGAGCUGCGUGGUUACAGUUGAUCAGAACGGGUACUUUCAAGCGAAGACGUGGCCCAACUGUUCCGACCACAACAUCGUCUGCUUCCAGAGGGGAGUCCAAAGGCAAUGGCGCCCUUGAUGAUUCCAAACGUAAUACUAUGGUUCUGAACGGAAAUGUUUGGCAUACAGACAAAUACAUCCAGCGAUCACACUGGGACACAGCUAAUGGCUGUGAACAUGAAACGCUGAAUGGACACAGUAAUGGACAUAGCAAUGGGCACAAUAAAAAACAUUUGAAUGAAAAAUACAAUGGAGUGAACCACAAUUCAUCAACCAAGUCCCGUUUCAGCAAAAAAGACUUUACCCAGUUAUAGCUUCGACUUAUGUGAUAGAGCUUGGAAGACAUUUACGAAUAUAAAACACACGUGUUUGCUUCUUUACAAAGGAUCGACGCCCAUACGAAGCUCUAAAGAACACUUCUGAAUACACGAUGUUGAUAUACUGUGUCCUGAAAACGAUUUGCUUUAUACGCUGUAUACAUCAGUACGUUAAGCUGUUGUGUCAUUAGACUGUGCUAACAAGGGCGUGGCUGAAAACCGUUUACAAAUGUCUGUAAUGGUGGGUAAACAAUUCGUCGUGUAUCAGACCUUAUAUUCUCAUAGUUGCUUACCACGAAUGUACAAUUGUGAUUCCCACCAAAGAGUAUGAUGUAAUAUGCUAUUGUAGAGAAACUGUACAAUUCUGGUUCCAACCAAAAUAUAAAAACUCACCAUGCUUUUCUCCUUGAUUUUCGGGGUUGGAACGUUAACGUCUAUACAUGUACAAUGUGUAUGUUGAUUACUGAAUAGCCAUAAAAACCACAGUGCAUACGUAUUUUGGUUCAAAAGUUAUGUGAUGCAUAAUAGGCGUUUGUAGUUUCUGACGUUUGAAUUACCGCAACAGAAAUGAUAUUAAUUAUGGGCAUUUUUAUGUAACAGAAUGGCUUACUUUGCAUCAACACCUUAAUGCUGUAAAGUCAAAUUAUUGGUAGUCUUCCUUAUCUCCUUUUACUUGGGUUGCAGUUAGCUCACAAUGUAACCUCGAUGUCGAAAUUCAUUCUAGUAUUGGCCUACAUUAUACAUCUGUGCCUCAGUUAUAUUUUCACUCAACACCAGAUCACCAAAUCACAAGAAUUUAUUAAUAAAUAGUAGUAUAUAUAUAUAUAUAUAUAUUUAUAUAAUAAUCGUCACCACCACCACCAUACCUUUCCGUUCAUUUUUAUAGGUAUAUAAAUAUAUACAGCCUACAUCGGAAAUGUGUAGAAGUUGUAAAUUCUACGUCUUCCUUACUAAAGGGAGACAAACAAUGAUCGCUAUGUUUGGCCGAUAUUUACAUGUGUAGAUUUCACAACUUUUUUUCUUACAAGUAAAAACCUACGUAAGGCCGAAAGGGGGAUAUACUGAUCUGGUCCAGUUCUUUUUCAGUGAUGAAAUUCUCAUCAUUCGCAAAAUGUGAAAAGUCAUUGACAAAUGGCUCCGAAGGAAUUUUCCAAACAUUUAUUGAGAUGUAAAUAUUGUUUUCCUUUCGUGUACAUGACCCUCUCCAAACUUUUAGCAGAACACAGGGAGUGCCGUGCACUCUUGCAUAGUUUUGACAGUCAGUGCCAGAAUUCAACUUCCUUUCUCUGCAGCUGUCUUCCAUUGGAUUAUACAUAAUUAUACGACGUACCAUAAAUAUACAUUCUUUCAUACAAAUACCACUCAUUGUAAAUAACACAAUUCGUAAAAUCUAUUCAUCCAUAUAAUUCCUAGCUUGUUUGUUUUUUAGUUAAGUGCCAUAUGUCCACAAAGGUAGUCAAUGAUAGCUCCAAAGUGCAAUGUGAUAACUCAUGCUGUCAGUGGGGAUAUCUUCCGGGACUGUGUAUCUCGUGGGAUGUAUAUGAAAAUAAGGUAUCUAUAUUCAACAUUGUUCAACUAAUCGGUAUUAAAACCCUGUUAGUGUAUAAUCAUUCGUAUCAGCUUAUAUUGAUGAUUGUGUAUAAAUAUUAUCUGACAUCGGUUUUUGUUUCCAGGGUAUGUCUAAGAUUACCUAAAGUGUGCUCAUGUAUUUGUACUUAUUGUAAUGUUGAUUUCUCCAGAAGUGUGUCAGGUGAUGCUAAAGUGUGCUAUUUAGCAUUUCAUUUUGCGGGCUAUAACAGGACACACAUAAUGAUUUAUUGUGGCACACCAUACUCUGAUAUUUCGAAACAGUUGAUCGUUUCCGAUUGGUGAAACUCAGAUUUACCGCCAAAAGGAGUUUAAAGACUAAAGUCAAUUUUUGUAUAACUAGUUGAACAUAUUAAUUUUAAGUUAAUAGAGGGUUUAAAAUUAAGUUGUCAAAAUUAGCACAUGGGCACAAUUUACACAAAAUACAUCCGGCACAUAAUAAUUUUAUUACUUUUUGCCGCUGUAUGUCCCACACAAUUUGUCCAUAUAAUAAUGAUAUUUGUGCCAAUGUGGUGUAGCAUUAAUAAGUGUUAAAUAUCACGUGAUUAUAUAGAAAUAAACUCAAUUCUGACACC